CCACAAGAUGACGCUGCGCUUAUCGGCCAAAUAUAAAAAUCAUCUCGGACUCAUAAUUUAUGGUUUUGCACUCUUGCUGACGACAGCAACGCCGAGCAUAACGGCGGGACGCAUAUUUGACGUCACAAAUCUGGACUACGUGAAGGUGAAUGCGGAGGCGGGUAAGAAUGUGACGAUACCAUGUCCGGGCGUUACGGAGCACUCGCUGGUCGACACUCUGGUGUGGAAAACGGCGUCGACGACAAUCGCACAGUUUGCCAAUCGGAUACCGCUGCUACACAGCCCUAGGAUUCAACUUUUAUCGGACAAUUUUGGUUUGCAAUUCUCGCCGGCCUUGGCAAGCGACACAUCCGAGUACAUCUGUUUGGUCAACGAUCGGCAUAUACCGGAAGCUAUAGUCGAUCUGUUGGUGCAGGAUGUGCCUGAUCCACCGGAGCGUCCUUUGUUGAUAAGUUUCACGUCACGCUCUGUGAAUUUAUCCUGGGCGCAUUCGCAGCAUCCGCGAAAUGCACCCGUGACGCAUUUCAUUAUUGAAACACGCGAGGGCGAGGAUGGCCUCUGGGAUCAAGUGGUACGCAUUUAUACAAAAACAAAUGCAACAUCAUAUCAAGUGACCGGCUUGACGCCCUUCACCGUCUACAGCUUUCGCCUGCUGGCCGUAAACAAGCUCGGCGUCAGUCCACCGUCCAAGGAGUCCUACUACAUUGUGACGCUGCGUGAGGCGCCCACGGGAAAGCCAAUACCAACAACAGCGCAUAAUACGUCCUCGUCAUCGGUUUAUAUAUCCUGGAAGCCGCCUCCAGCCGACACCAUAUUGGGCGAAUUUCUGGGCUAUCGCAUUACAUAUCGUCCUCGCGAUCGCGAUCCCAAUGAUACCAAAGAAAUCUAUAUACGGGACAACACCGUGGAGAGCCAUGAAAUACAGAAUCUGGAAACCUACACGCAAUACAAAGUGACCGUGCAGGUUUUCAAUCCAGAGGGCUUGGGCCCAGAAACAACCAUACUGGUGAUGACCGACGAAGGAGUGCCAAGCAAACCUUUGAAUCUCACCGUCCUGGAUGUAUCGGCCAACAGCAUUACCAUGUCCUGGCAUCCACCGAAGAAUCAAAAUGGCGCCAUCGCCGGCUAUCAUGUAUUUCACAUACACGACAAUCAGACGGGUGUGGAAAUCGUGAAGAACUCCCGCAACACUGUGGAGCCCUUAAUACACUUUGAGCUGCAGAGUCUGAAGCCCUUUACCGAUUACCGCGUCAUUGUCAAAGCGUUCACAACAAAGAACGAGGGCGAGCCCUCCGAUCAGAUUGCCCAGCGUACUGAUGUGGCCGGGCCCAGUGCGCCGCUUAUUGUGAAUCUGACGUGUCACUCGCAGGAGUCGAUUACGAUACGCUGGAAGCGUCCCCAUGAGUUCUACAAAAGCAUUGACUUUUACAUCAUAAAAACUCGACUGGCCGGCCAGGAUAACCAUCGGGAUAUACGCAUCAAUGCAUCGGCCAAAGAGCUGGAGACGGCGAUGAUAUUACAAAAUCUAACAACAAAUUCCUACUACGAAGUCAAAGUGGCCGCAGCAACCUUCAGCUUUAUAAAUCCAAAGAAAAUCGUGUUGGGCAAAUAUUCGGAGGCGAGAACUAUACAACUGCAACCGAAUUGCGAAAAGAUUCAACCACAGCUGCGUCAAUCUCAUAACGACUAUAACCUGGCCGUGCUAGUCGGCAUUAUCUUCAGUUGCUUCGGCAUUGUGCUCAUUGUCAUGGCCUUCUUCUUAUGGAGCAGAAAGUGCUUCCAUGCCGCCUACUACUAUCUGGAUGAUCCGCCGCAUCAUCCCAAUGUGCCGCAGGUGGACUGGGAAGUGCCCGUCAAGAUUGGUGACGAAAUACGCGCUGCUGUGCCCGUCAAUGAGUUUGCCAAACACGUGGCCUCCCUGCAUGCCGAUGGGGACAUUGGUUUCAGUCGCGAAUAUGAGGCCAUACAGAACGAGUGCAUCACCGAUGAUCUGCCCUGCGAACAUUCCCAGCAUCCGGAGAACAAGCGCAAGAAUCGUUAUCUGAACAUCACAGCUUACGAUCACAGCCGCGUGCAUUUGCAUCCGACACCGGGCCAAAAGAAGAACCUGGACUACAUCAAUGCCAAUUUCAUUGACGGCUAUCAGAAGUCUCAUGCCUUUAUUGGCACCCAAGGUCCCUUGCCAGACACCUUCGAUUGUUUCUGGCGCAUGAUCUGGGAGCAGCGGGUGGCCAUCAUUGUGAUGAUCACGAAUUUGGUGGAGCGUGGACGUCGCAAAUGCGACAUGUACUGGCCAAAGGAUGGUGUUGAGACCUAUGGAGUCAUACAGGUCAAGUUAGUCGAGGAGGAGGUCAUGUCCACCUAUACCGUGCGCACACUGCAGAUCAAGCACUUGAAGCUUAAGAAGAAGAAGCAAUGUAAUACUGAAAAAAUUGUCUAUCAAUAUCACUAUACAAAUUGGCCCGAUCAUGGCACACCCGAUCAUCCGUUGCCGGUCUUGAAUUUCGUUAAGAAAUCGUCAGCCGCCAAUCCCGCCGAGGCUGGUCCCAUUGUCGUGCACUGCAGCGCUGGCGUUGGUCGCACAGGCACCUACAUCGUUCUAGACGCCAUGCUCAAACAAAUCCAGCAAAAGUCGAUUGUCAAUGUAUUCGGCUUUUUGCGACACAUACGCGCUCAGCGAAAUUUCCUCGUUCAGACUGAGGAGCAAUACAUCUUCCUGCACGAUGCCCUCGUCGAAGCCAUCGCAUCGGGGGAGACCAAUCUGCGUGCCGAGCAGAUUGUGGAGCUAAAGAAUUCCACGCCCUAUCUGGAGCAACAAUAUAAGAACAUCAUACAGUUCCAGACCAAAGACAUACACAUCGCCUCGGCCAUGAAGCAGGUGAACUCGAUCAAGAAUCGUGGUGCCAUCUUUCCCAUUGAGGGUAGCCGUGUCCAUUUGACGCCCAAGCCGGGCGAGGAGGGCAGCGACUACAUCAAUGCGUCCUGGCUGCACGGAUUUAGGCGUCUGCGUGACUUCAUUGUGACGCAGCAUCCCAUGACGCACACGAUCAAGGAUUUCUGGCAAAUGGUCUGGGAUCAUAAUGCGCAGACAAUUGUGCUGCUUUCCUCUCUGGAUGACAUUAACUUUGCUCAGUUCUGGCCAGAUGAAACGCCCACCACAAGCGACUACUAUCGCGUCAAAUUUCUCAGCAAGACAAACAAGAGCGACUAUGUGAGUCGUGACUUCGUUAUACAGUCCAUACAGGACGACUAUGAGCUGAACGUAAAGAUGCUCCACUGUCCCAGCUGGCCGGAGAUGUCGAAUCCCAACAGCAUCUACGAUUUUAUUGUGGAUGUGCACGAGCGUUGCAAUGAUUAUCGCAACGGACCAAUUGUCGUUGUCGACAGAUACGGAGGCGCGCAGGCGUGCACCUUUUGCGCUAUUUCUUCGCUGGCCAUUGAGAUGGAAUACUGCAGCACAGCGAACAUCUAUCAGUAUGCCAAGUUAUAUCACAACAAGCGACCGGGAGUGUGGACCUCCAGUGAGGACAUACGUCUUAUUUACGAAAUUCUUUCAUAUUUGCCGGGCAAUUUGCAUUUAUUGAAGCGCACGGCGCUGCGCACCGAAUUCGAGGAUGUGACAACGGCCACGCCGGAUCUCUACAGCAAAAUAUGUAGCAAUGGUAAUGUUCAACUACAUCAACAACAACUUAUACUACAACAGCAACAGCUGCUACAAUUGCAACUACAACAUCAACAACAGCAACAACAGCAGCAAUUGCAAACAACACUACAACAGCAACAAUCAGAACAAACACAAUUAAACGCUAGCAACAAUAUUCAGCAUAAUCUUUGUCAUAUUCCUAACAUUGCUCAUGCAUCUGAGACAGCAACAGCUACAGCAACAACUACAACAAUAACUCACACUACAGAUCUACCAGAAAAUACUAAUGCUUCUCCAUUAUUGCCCAUUUCAUCAUUGUUACCCACAGUUGCUCCCAUCACACCCACAUCAACACCUACAACAACAUCAACAACGUCUACCGACGGUUCAGCCAAUACACCACCACCACUCCUCUCCACCAACAACCAUACAGCUACAACACCAACCACACCAACAACAACUAAUUUUACUAAUACUAAUGUUAAUUUCACUACUACUACUAAUAAUGCUGCUAACCUGACUGCUACUGCUGCUGCUGCUCCUUCUCCAACUGCUGUUGCGGAUGUGCCGGCGAUUGUUGGUGCCUCCUGCGAUGUUGACAACACCACACAACAACAAAUGCUGGCGCUGAUACAACAACAAACACAACUGCAACAACAAUACAACACGCAUCACAACGCACUUCAAUUGGAAAAUGCGAAUGUCAAUCUUAAUUGUUUGAUGCCAACUGCGGCAACGACUGCUUCUGUGGAUGAACUGCUCGCUGCAACAACAACACCUACUUCCAACAACAUUAACAACAACAACCUGCAAUUAAAUGCCGCCACCACAGCGGUUACGGAUGCUCAAAGCUUAGAUAUUGUAGGUUAGUUUAAAGCAAACAAGAGAAAUCAUUUUAUAAAUGCUUACUUAUCUAAAUAAACGAAAAACAAAAGAUAUACAAAAAUAUAUACAAAUAUAUAGUAUAUAUAUAUAAAUAAUGAUUGCAAAUAAUUCUAGUAAUAUUUAUUUAUUAAGCAAUAAGUGAGUUAGUGGUUUAGAGUGUAAUUUUAAAUGAUGAUUGUAUGUACGUGUACGUAUUUUAUACGGCCCUACGUUUAUUUAUUGCGCCUUGUUUCUGUAUCUAUAAUUUAUAGGUUGCUUUACUCAAAACCUAAUUUACACAAUAAUAAUGUCAAGCGGUAUGUUUAAAUAUUUGUUUUUUACAUUAUAGUCACAAAACAAUUAUACAUAUACUAUUAUAAAAAUACACAUACAACAGCAAAAUAGUCAACUAAUUGAGGGAAAUGAGCAACAUAUACAUAGGCACAUAGGAUAUACUAUUGCUAGAAAUGAAAACGCUGUAGCAAUUGCACAAGUUAUAUAAAUAGUUUACCAAAUAGUUGCCCUAUAAUUUUACACAUAAUUACAUUAAUUAAAAUGUCAGCAGUAUUAGCAACAUUUUUGCGAACUCAGAUAAAUGCGCCUCUUGGAUUUAAAUUCAAUUUUAAAAAGAUGAAUAGAAUAAUGGAAAGAAAGUACCCUCACAAAAAUAAUUGCUUUGUUUAAAUUACGAUAAAUCACAAGUUUUGAGACCCAUUUUAGAGAUUCCAUUCAUUGUAUUCUUCUCAAACCAAUACUGUUUAAAGCCAACUUCUAAAACAAGAUAUGAUUUCGACUUGAGCUGUAGACCCAAACAUUGUAGGGAGGGAAAAAGGGCGCAUUUAUAAUGAUUAAGGCUUAAGAUAUUGUGGUCUGCAAAUAAUUUAUAGAGCAACUGGCAGACAGUUCUCAAAAUAAAGGGUAGUCCACAAGGUUCCACUUAUGGAAAUGCAAGAGGUAUCAAAGGGAUAUCUAUUUCGAAGGAUUUUAAAUAUAUGUAUGGUUAUUACUUGGUUUUUAACUAUAUUUUUAAUUAUUUCCUAUCAAGUCCCCGAACACUGUUGUUCGCCAAGGUGUUGCUAAAUUAUUGCGCAUUUGUGCCAUUUUUCCUAUAAAAUACUAGUAAUAGCUAAUUAGAUAUUAAAACAAUUAAUAAUUCACAAGCACAACAAUCAGUUACAAAUACUAAUUAAAUUGUCAAUCUUUAUGCAAGUUUUGUUUGAUUUCAAAAGUAAAUUGUUUCCACGUCCGUCCUAGCAUUUGUUACCAUAUUAAUAUUGUAUGUUUUCACUAAUUUUCUACAAAGCAAACUACUUGCAAGAUGUAGUAUUGAAAUAAAUACGAAAACAAAAAGAACAAAUUGAAAAAGUUGAUAAAAACUAGCUAAAAUUAUGCGAAUUUAAUAGGAAAACUAAAGUAAAAUAAAUGUAUGACAAAUAUUUUCGAAUGCACAAAUGGGAAUACGACGAAAUAUUUUAAAAUUUAACUAAGCACAUGCACGGGCACAUCACUGUAAAUCCUAAAAGAUAUAGACACCGCACAUCACCACUGUAUAUAGAAAGCAUAAAACUGAACAGCAUACUAAACGCAUAAAGAAGUAAGGUAAGGAGGAGGAAAAUAAGUAUAAUUAAUUAUAAUAUUAGAAUGCGAGCCUUAUAGCGGGCUCUGAAAGCUAUAAAUAUUGUAUAAAUAUCUAAGGAAAGCAAAAAUACAACAGCAAAUUCUUAAUAAGGAACUAAAUACGGAUAAGUGUAAAACAAAACAAAGUAUUAUUAAAAAAUAUGCAUUAUGUAAAAGCGAAAAUGUAAAUUGUUUUUCUUCAAGCAUUCUCACGAAUUGUUUGUUAGUUCACGUUGGCCAGGGAGGAAGGGUCAACAACUACAACUUUAACCAAAGGCACAGGGUGUUUCGAUGUUAAUACAUAAAUAUAAGAACAUAGAUCUGCAAGAAUUGUCAUGUACAGUUUAUUAAUACCAUAACGAAUUAAAUAUUACAACAAAAGA